GGAGACGGCAAGCCAAGAGUUAAUGACUGGAACACACACGUGCAACUAUUCGUUGCUUCUCAUGGCUGCUCAUAUCCAGCAGGAAACCAGAGUAAUUCUUGCCUGGAUAAGUACCUCGUAAGCCCGCGUUCCUUGGCGGGGAGCAACGCCCUGUUAAAUCUAGCUGGCUUUCACCUCUUGCCCUCCCUCUGCAGACUCCUCUGCAGCAACCGCGGUUAUUUUCAGGAGCAUGUUUCUUAUUUUAAUACAUUGCAAACCUGCUCCUUAAAGGACAAGACGAACAAUUUGGAGAAAUCAGGAGGGUCUCGCUGAUCCGGCGCACUGGCGGCAGCGGUCUGAGAGCCGGAGGGUCGGAGAGGGCUGGGUUUUCGGGGCGCCCGCCCGCGGUGACGCGCGCCCCCCGCCCGCCGCAGCGCCACUGCAAUGGCUGAGCGGGGCCGUCGGACGUUGCCGCCCCAGAGCCCACGCCGGCCAGAGCCUGCUCACGGGGAGCCUCGGUGCAGUUACUGCUGUGAAGAUACGGAUUCCAGGAGAAAAUUGGGAAAUAGCUGUGAUCCAUCCAUGUGAUAUUUUCUUUCUCAGAAGAUCAGCUCUCCAUGUGUUUCCUGAGCUCUCAGUCUAUACUAUGGCUUUGACCUGGUGAGCGAGAAAAUGUAGCGGAUCAGCAGCACAGGCGACACCUGCCAGGAGCUUGGCGUGGACACCCCAACCUAGACGGAGCAUCCGCCCCUGGGUGUCCCUCUGGCCAUCCAGCCUCACCAUGUCAAAGAAGGGCACAGGCAGCCGGGCCAAAGGAGACAAGGCGGAGGCUCUCGCUGCUCUGCAGGCCGCCAAUGAGGAGCUGAGAGCCAAACUCACAGACAUCCAGAUCGAGCUGCAGCAGGAAAAGAGCAAGGUCAGCAGAGUGGAGCGGGAGAAGAGCCAAGAGCUGAAGCAGGUACGCGAACACGAGCAGCGCAAGCACGCAGUCCUGGUCACGGAGCUCAAGACCAAGCUGCACGAGGAGAAAAUGAAGGAGCUUCAGGCUGUACGGGAGGCCCUGCUGCGGCAGCAUGAAGCUGAGCUUCUGAGGGUCAUCAAGAUCAAGGAUAACGAGAACCAGCGGCUGCAGGCCUUGCUCAACACCAUGCGCGAUGGCGCACCUGAAAAGGUCAAGACGGUGCUCCUGUGCGAGGCCAAGGAGGAAGCCAAGAAGGGAUUCGAGGUGGAGAAGGUCAAAAUGCAGCAAGAGAUCUCAGAGCUAAAGGGGGCCAAGAAGCAGGUAGAGGAGGCACUGACCCUGGUGAUCCAGGCAGACAAGAUCAAGGCUGCAGAGAUCAGGAGCGUGUACCACUUGCACCAGGAGGAGAUCAGCCGCAUCAAGAAGGAAUGUGAGCGAGAGAUCCGCAGGCUGAUGGAGGAGAUAAAAUUUAAAGACAGAGCAGUCUUCGUGCUGGAGAGAGAGUUAGGGGUUCAAGCCGGGCAUGCCCAAAGACUGCAGCUUCAAAAAGAGGCUCUAGAUGAGCAGCUUUCGCAGGCCAGAGAGGCUGAGCGGCACCCAGGCAGCCCCAGACGGGAACUUCCUUAUGCAAGCGGUGCAGGAGAUGCCUCAGACCACUCAGGAAGCCCUGAACAGCAGUUGGAUGAAAAAGAUGCCCGGCGCUUCCAACUUAAAAUUGCAGAGUUAAGUGCCAUCAUUCGUAAACUGGAGGACCGCAAUGCCCUGCUGUCAGAAGAAAGGAAUGAACUGUUAAAGCGUUUAAGAGAAGCUGAAAGUCAGUACAAGCCGCUGCUGGAUAAAAACAAACGCCUUACCCGGAAAAAUGAAGAUUUGUCUCACACAUUACGGCGAAUAGAAAGCAAGUUGAAAUUUGUCACCCAGGAGAAUAUGGAAAUGGCGCAGCGGGAUGACCCCAGCGCUACCGUCCAGCCAGACCACGUUCCUGCCACUUGUGACACAGCUCGCUUGGUGUUUCAGAGGCAGAGAGCCGGGAUCAUCCGAAGACCCAGCUCCCUAAACGACCUUGAUCAAAGUCAGGAUGAAAGGGAAGUGGACUUCCUGAAGCUUCAAAUUGUAGAGCAGCAGAGCCUCAUUGAUGAGCUCUCCAAGACCCUUGAAACUGCUGGCUAUGUAAAGAGCGUGUUAGAGCGUGAUAAGCUUUUAAGGUAUCGGAAACAAAGGAAGAAAAUGGCAAAACUCCCCAAGAAGCCAGUUGUCGUGGAGACUUUUUUCGGAUAUGAUGAAGAAGCUUCCUUGGAAUCCGAUGGUUCUUCCAUCUCUUAUCAAACUGACAGGACAGACCAGACCCCUUGCACACCAGAUGAUGACUUGGAGGAGGGCAUGGCCAAAGAGGAGACAGAGCUGCGGUUCCGCCAGCUGACCAUGGAGUACCAGGCGCUGCAGCGAGCCUAUGCCCUGCUGCAGGAGCAGGUUGGAGGAACACUGGAUGCAGAGCGAGAAGUUAAGACCCGUGAGCAGCUGCAAGCAGAGGUGCAGAGGGCACAGACACGGGUGCAGGAUCUGGAGAAGGCACUGGCGGAACAGGGGCAGGGUCAUGUCCCAGAUCCUGCCAUCCUAUUGUUUGUGUUGAAAGAAGAAAAGUGGCCAGGGAGGUUGGAACUGAAAAGGGGAGGAGGAUACGAUACUUCGUCCCUUGGCAGGGAUAUGAAGUGGAUUGAAGAGAAGCAAGCAUUGUAUCGAAGAAAUCAAGAGCUUGUAGAAAAGAUAAAACAAAUGGAAGUGGAGGAGGCCCGAUUGAAGCAUGAUGUUCAGGAUGCAAAGGACCAGAAUGAACUGUUGGAGUUCAGGAUCCUGGAGCUCGAGGAGAGGGAGAGGAAGUCGCCUGCCAUCAACUUCCACCACACGCCCUUCGUGGAUGGGAAGAGCCCCCUGCAGGUGUACUGUGAGGCUGAAGGCGUGACGGACAUCCUGGUUACGGAGCUGAUGAAGAAGCUGGACAUCCUGGGGGAUAACGCCGUAAGUAAUCUGACCAAUGAGGAGCAAGUGGUUGUCAUCCAAGCCAGAACCGUCUUGACCUUGGCAGAGAAGUGGCUCCAGCGGAUUGAAGAGACCGAGUCAGCACUGCAGCGGAAGAUGGUGGACCUGGAGAGUGAGAAGGAGCUGUUCAGUAAACAGAAGGGCUACCUGGAUGAGGAGCUGGACUACAGGAAGCAGGCCCUCGACCAAGCCCACAAGCACAUCCUGGAGCUAGAAGCCAUGCUGUACGAUGCCCUGCAGCAAGAAGCUGGGGCCAAAAUGGCAGAACUGCUGUCAGAAGAGGAGCGUGAGAAGCUCAAGGUGGCUGUGGAGCAGUGGAAGCGCCAAGUCAUGAGUGAGCUGCGGGAGCGGGAUGCUCAGAUCCUGCGGGAGCGCAUGGAGCUACUGCAGCUGGCGCAGCAGAGAAUUAAAGAGUUAGAAGAAAGAAUAGAAGCUCAGAAGAGACAAAUUAAAGAACUAGAAGAAAAGCUUUCAUUCUCUGGUCAUAGCUGGUCUUGGCACUCCGGUGAGCCGCCCAUGGAGUUGUACAGCUGCCCUUCAGCAGUACUGGACAGCAGUGGAUGCUGGCGACCAAAUGGGACUUUGUGUCUCAUCUCUGAAGACCCCAAGGGGUUUGAUCAUUGUGCAGCCAUCCUGUGCAGGAUGAGGGAGAAGCAGAGCUUUGAGUGGGCGCCUGUGUCCACUUGGGAGGAACCAGAAUCAGAACUAACUUUGCUGGCUGGAGCUUCUCAGAAAGAGGCCUGGCUUUGGCUGCUGGCCUCUGGGCCCCCACUUCUCACAAGGCAGCCUCCAUCCCAGUCAUGGGGAUGUGUGAUGUUCCCUGCCAAGCAGGGGUAAGCACUCGCUCCAGUGCAGGAGCAAGCCCGCCUCCUGGUUACCAUAGUAACUGUCAUGUCCUCCUCCGAGGAAGAGCUUCAGAAACAACAGGAGCUCAACUCCUAUGACAAAAUGAAGACUGACUUCAGUGGCAACCUCCGUCCAGGGGAACUGGCAGGGUUCACUUGGGGACAGCCCCAGGAGGAUCCUCUGUGACAUCCUGAGUGCACAGUGAUGCCAAGACUCACUCCUUAGCACUCACUGAUGGACAAAUCUCAUACCCACCCUUGUUCUGGGGACAGAUUCGAGCUUUGGCUACUUCUGGCCACCCCACCUCACCUCAAGAUUUAAAGGCUAAAAUCUCACCCCCAAACCAUGGGCCAGGAGCACAGCAAGACCAGAGGAGGGGCGGGGAGUACAGUAAGGUGACAUGAUAUGAGGCUGCAGAGCAACUGGGAAGAAGCCUGAUGCCGGGGAACAUGGAUGUAGCCACACAGCACCAGAAAUCACAGGUGCCUGGGGCACCCGGUGUACCUAUCCUGGAAGCUCUUCAGCAGGCCAGCUGGGCCUGAGGGCGGCAGAUGGCCAGAGAUGGCCCCGUGCAGAGCCUUUGCACACAAGGACCAGGGCCUGGUGAGGAUACACAGUGUGGCUGUGGUUCUGUGGAUGCAAGAAGGGAGCCUGGAGUCCAGUGGCCUGCAGAGAGAAAGCAGCGCAUCAAUGAAGGCAAUUUUAAGUGUGAUUUCCAUUUUUCUGGAUGAUCCAGUUCACAACCCAGGAAGGUCUUCCGGAACUUGGAGAAACCUGACUCCAUAGUUGAAAGGUUCUUCUGUCUUCAUCACAUCUUUGGUGGUCUAAGGUUGUUCUCGCAGUGCUGCAGUUAGAAGAGGCACGUACAUCUGCACAUGUGUUCAUGCAUUGUCCUAACUCAACCAGAGAACAGCCAAAAACAAAAGAGCCCUUUUGAGGCACCUAAAAGUUGAUGUACUAGGUGUGCCACAUGCAUCCAGGUGUGAGUGUAACCUACAGCAUUGCAUUUAAAAAACAAAAACCAGUAGCAGGAGGGAGGAAUGAUUGUGUUGUCUGGAAGUAUUAACUUCAUUUCAUAUUUGUGUCAGAAGAAAUGUUCCACUCUGAUGCAGAUGUAGUGGACCAGGCAUGGUUUCCUAGGUCAAAAUCUGGGGAAUGCUUUAUAGGAUCAGACAGCUAUGCUUUUUCUUUAAUGGGUGCAGAAUUUCUGCUGGGAAAUGUACUAUUAAUUGCACUUGUCCAAGAAGGACCUAUCCUUUCUGCUGUCAUUUAAACUACAGUCCGUGAUUCAUUUGGACAAGGCACUGGCCCAGUUUACUGCCUCUCUAGUUGAACCCGAUGUUGAGGUUUGUCUCAAGUCUGAAAUCUUGUGUAUUCCUCUGUGCAUAGUUUUGUCUGGUUUUAAUGGCUGCAUCCUCUUGCAACAUACUCAUAACUAAGUGGUAAACAGUAACCUACAUUAAUAAGUGCUGCCACGGAGCUAUGGAUGUACAAUAGGGUUAAGGUCCGAUGGACUCUGCAAUGCAGACAUCCAAGAAACAUGCUGAAACUCCACGUGGUCCCCUGCCAGCCUGCGUCCCCUGGGGAAAGCUCCUGGCUGGGCUCCAGCAUAAGCCUGCAAGAGAAAAGUCACCAAUUCAGAUCUAAAGAUGUGCUUUUGAGACUCACCCAAAUUCACAUCCCUCUGGUUUAGUUGGGUUAUCAUGACUGUACAUGUUGGUGUGCCUGGAGUACUUCAUAUACCAUCCCAUCCACCCCAGACACUCUGAGUCACAGUUCUGUAAUUAAAAAAAAAAAAAAACACAAACUGUACAGGAAAGAAAAGCAUGUAAAUAUGUACCAAUGCUUACGAAGUUAUUGUUUAUAUGUAAAAAGUCUGUACAUAGGAAAGGAAAAUGGCUCUAUGAAUGUUUUAAAUAAUAUCCUGUGAACCAAACUGCAUUUGUAUCCCUGCCACCUUCCUGAAAGCACACUUUGAGUUGGAAUGCCAUUCCUUGCCUUAGGUAUCAUUGUUUUCAUUCAUAUGUCAGAGCACCUUCUUCUCACCUGAUUGCAAAAUCAGAACUGGGUUUUGACCAAAAAAAAAAAAGAAGAAGAAAAGCAAAUAUUAGCCUUUAUCACUCAUUCUUGCUGACCAGUAAGCAUCUGAAGAGUUCAUAUGUUUUAAAAAUAAGGUGCAUUUUCUAAAUCCCAGAAUGUACCUUCUUUUUCAUUCAAACAACAGCUGGCUAAAUUUCCUUGAGCAUUUGCUCUUACUGCUAGCUCUUCAUACUGGGAAAUCUGAUUUAAAGGCACCGCCCUGAGGAAACAAAAAAAGGGAUGCUGAAGUGUGGUCAAGGACACUUACUGUGUACCCGAGACAUAAGCAUCCAUAUCAUAUCCAUACGGCAUGGUCGCACUGUGUGCACAAUGACAGAGCAAUGUUUUAGUUUGUGUAAGCUAGAAAUCCAUGUAAAAUACAGAUUCCUUUGUGGACACCCAUGUGGUGUUUACCUUGUCUCCAUGGUUAAGUUCCAUUUAUUGAAGGCCUAUGGUUGUGACUUAAGGUCUCUGCCCUGGCAGAAUCUGUAGCCUUCAGGAAACCUGAGUGCCUUACGUGGCUUAUGAACACUAACUGGGAGUCAGGAGGCGGUGGUGUGACAAUGGCUUUCAGGCAUUGACAGCUCAUCAGCACUUGCCAUCACUCCAUCACUGAAACCUUAAGAUGGUGUGUUUUUACGAAGUAAUGGGUUUAAGUUUAGGCUCAGGAAAAUCGUAUUGUGAAUAUGUGUAUCUAAGCAUAUAUUUGUUUACUGUAUAUUUUUAAAAGCUUUAUUGUCAAUUUAUGCAAAACUUAACAGGAUUUGUUUUCUUAUGGCAAUAUGCCAGGCAGUAUUUGUGUUCUCUGAGGCAAUUCCUUAAUUACAACAUUCUAAACAUGUGACAUUCUGUUCACUGCUAAACAGUAUUCACAAGCCUAAACUAGGUUUGUAUGGUGACCCACUACAAAAUUUUACACAUAUUUUUGUAUUGUGAUUCCUACAAUAUACCAGAGAAUUUUUACUUAUUUGUAAAUUAUUGUACAGUUUUAAUAAAAAUUGUUUUAAAAUCUUAGAUCAAA